UCGGAUUUUGACAAAUGGGAACUUCUUGCUUGUGUUCAUCCCUCUAUAGAUUUCCAGUAGAUUAUCCAGACUGUACGGUCAGACUCGGCUAUGGGUAUAGCAGCAGUCCCAAACGACUGCAAGCAGCAACUGCCACAAUUACUGUCGCUAGCGAUGAUGUUUGUCAGGAUAAACGGACAUGCCUUUUUUCUGCUAUGCGAGCGCAGAAGCCAAUAAUAACUGCAGCAAUACUGGCGGCAGCUGCAGCAUGUGCAAUGAUAAUGGCGGUGAAUGGGGCAGAAGCGGCGGAGCAGUUAACACAACAGGAAAUAAAUGGAGAAACUUUUUCGAAUGUACCGCAAACGCUAUCUGGAGAAUGUGUUGAGGGUCAGAAAGAUUGUAAGAAGGCGAGGAUUCAACGACCUAAGUCAAGGCAAGCUGAGACUUGUACUGUUAAAUGUGUUAAUACUUGUAUUCGUGGUGGACUUGGAUCUCCUGGUGAAGGUCCCCUUAACGUUAGAAGGCCUCUGGUGGUGUUUAAGCAAGGGUUUCGCAGUCGCCAAUACUGUUUGGUGGAAUGCUCUGAUAUAUGUAAUUUGAUAAGAGAUGGUGAAGAUGGACCAUAGGCUGUACAUUUAAUCUUAAUUUUUGAAAUGUGACAGGCUUCUAUUUAUAUACUUCUACCUUUUCUUCCACCUUGCUGGUGAGGUAAGCACCAAUAUUCUUUUAGGAUAUAAGAGAAACAUUAAUGCUUGUAUUGUGAAGUGAGAAAUGGAAAUUGGAAAUUAAAAUACUAGCACACCAGUAUUUGUGGUUCUUUGUUAUCAGGUAAUACCGUAAUACUAUGGUGGUAGUGCAGAAAGGAAGUGAAAAUGAAGAAGAAUUUGAUAGCAAAGGGAUUUCAUUUCUCUUA